AUGCAUGAAGCAGCGAUUCAAGCUGAGACGAAGCGAGUCGGCUCAAGUCGCGUCGCGUCGAGUCAAGACAAUUCGAGUCCUUUUGGAUCGAGGCAUGAAGCAGCGAGUCGGCUCAAGUCGCGUCGCGUCGCGUCGAGUCGAGUCGAGACAAUUCGAGUCCUUUUGGAUCGAUGCAUGAAGCAGCGAGUCGAGCUGAGACGAAACGAGUCGGCUCGAGUCGCGUCGAGUCGAGUCGAGAGAAUUCGAGUCCUUUUAAAUCGAUCCAUAAAGCAGUGA